ACCUGGACUUGGUGACCGACUCACCGUUCCUGAUCAACGCGCCCGCUCCAGCGUUCAUCGCACUGCCUCUUUGUAUUUUUAGACUGUUCGUCCAAUCUUAUCCAUCGACCAGUCCGUCAGUCAGUCUUCCGAGGACCGAGCUUUUAUCCAUCCAUUUACCCCAUAAUUAUAUAAAUAAAUUCCCGGUUUCCUUCUUUCUUUCUUUCGUGCUCAACAUUCACAGAUCUCCUCUCUAAUAUCUCAGGACUCGACUCUGCGCGCAUCAAUUAGGGUUUUGGAGUUGAGCGGCCGAUCAUCCGCGUCCGAAAUGCACUGACACAAUGGCUCCGUCCGCAUCUUCUCUGUGCGGCGUUCGUCUUCGCAUCGUCUUAAGCACUUGCGUAGUUCGACCUAACCUUCUCAGCGUUUUUCGUCACUGCACUGACUUUUAGGGCUUGUGUGCGUGUAGAUAUGUGUUGAAUCUAUUUGAUAACGAACGUGUCUUGAGCAUUUGAUCUGGAGAAAGAAGCCAGUGUGUUGGUUUCUCGAGUUGUUUGAAUCAGUUUGGUCCGUCUGACGGAGAUUGGCUUGGAUUUCGCUGUGUCCGUUUUGGGAGAUUCUGGAGCUAUUGAUUCCGGUGACGGUGCUAAAAAUAUUUGGUUAUUGCUGAGGCUAAAGUUCCAGGUUGAGUAAUGGAUAUCUCAGUUCAGUAUGCUGAUCCAGUCAAGGAAGAUUUAAUAAGCUGUAAUGACUGGGGACAGUUGUGGAGUAACUGUAAGCGAGGUGGUGGCAAUGCUGAUAGUUUAGUGGCAGAGCUUGGAACUGCUCUUGAAGAUGCUCUAGUUUUGCUAUCUACUUCAGCUCCGCCCUUGGAGGGGGCUGACAUUAGUGAUUUAGAAAAGAAGAAUGAAAGUGAGGAAUUGAUUAUUGAUCAAGACAAAACCCUUCCUGCAACAUCUGAAAAUAAAUUGGGAGUGCAUGAUGUGUUACCUUGCUCUAGCAGUAUGCUUUGCUGUGAUGCUCCUGUUAGCAGUAAAGACGAGAAUUACGAGAUAUCACAUAAUGCAUCUGAUGGAAAAAGUUCCAUGGACUUUGGCAAGCCAUCCAGCGGCGCGACUAUUGUGUCUCUUCCUACUUCUUUGAAGCUUGUCUCUGCCAUGAAAGGUAGUCGUGAGAAACAAGGGCUGCAUACUGGAAAGCUGAGCGUCAAUUGGGCUCCUGAUGUUUACGAGCCACCUCAUACAUCCCAAUCUCAUACUGUCACAAGCCACAACCAGUAUGCUGGCUACAUGUCCAAGAAGAGUCACCGGCACAAAUCCAAAAGGAAGGGAAAAUCUCCGCGAAGCCGCAACACCGAGAAAAAGUAACAUAACAAAAUGGUUUGAAUCCCAUACUUAGUUGCCAACAACCAGUCAGAAUGGCGUUAGGUUAUUUUGGUCAUCUUUCAGUCAGAAAGGGAGCGAGCUUUCCUGGGUUAUAUUGUGUUGGUUAUAGAGAGUCGAUUAAACUCCUGUAGUCUAGAUCUUCAUGCCUGUCUUCUUCUUCUUCCUUGCAUGGACUGGAGCUUUAGAUAGGCUGGUGGUCUUCUGUAAAUAGUUUGUUGUCUGCGUGUACAUAUUCUGUUAUGAAAGAUUUUCAAAGCUGAACCCAAUGGACUAUGUUUGUCACCAGUUUUAUGUAUAUACUGUCUCAAAAGGUUAAGUGAGCCUUAACGUUGUGGGGA